CAGAAUACCCUUGUUCCCACGUGACAUAUGGGUCUUACAUCUCUGGACUCUAAAGCUAACUAUAUUAUUCCAACAAACCCGCUCAACACCAACGACUUGAAAGUGUUGGUCACUGGUUCUCAGUGCUAUUCACCCCUUUCCAGCCCAACAUGUCUGCUCAACCCACUAUGUCCACGCCAAUCGUUGGAAAUUUUUUUGCAGCAGUUUAUGGAGCCUCGAGCUUCGACUACGUAUACUGCUUGCUCAAGUGACCCCAAGCAUCGUCGCCUUGAGGCGCACUGACUGGUUGGAUACUACCUCGUGAAUUACCUCAUUCAGCCCUGGCUAUGGCCAUCGUGAUUCCAAGAUUUCUGCGAAUACCACCAUCAUUUCGUUGUAUAGUCGAUGAUAGGAAGCCCCUGGUUGUGUUUUGGAG